CCGGCUCUAUUACAGUUCAUUCCAUUAUUAUUCUUGGCACCUUUCAUAAAGCUUCAUGUGCAGAGAGAAAUGUGUUUCAGCCGCUAAUUUUAGUCUGGAGAAAACUCCUCCUGCCGCCAUUUCAUCCCUUCAUUGAUUUGGGUGGGGGGUGGUUAGGCUGCUGGCAGCACAGAUGGACUCUCUCUGAGUUGUGGCGCUGCCAGUGUUGCCUGGUGGGUAUCACUUGGGGGCAGUCACUUGGCAGCAGCAUUGUCUGUCAUAGGCACUGGCUUUAUUACCCAUAAGCACGGGGAGCAGCUGGUGUUGCCUACUGGCCCCUUUGGUACUUUCUCUGUAACCCCCCAAUGGUACCAACGCUUCUUCAUUUGUGCCUCUGAGCAGAAAGGAAGAUGUUGGAUAAGAUCUGAUGUUGGAAAAGAUCUGACAGUCACAUAUUAACCAAACUGGCUGCAAUCUGCCUUCGUAUUUGGUUCCAAACAUGCUGGAGAUAUUGGCUGCCGAUUGUAUAUAACUAUGAGCUGAACUGCUAUAUGAUUCUCUGCAUAAUCCCACAAUCGGGCGAGUGCCAAACUGCAGCAGCAAAGUCUGCGCUACACACUGUAACUGGCCCUGCUCAGCCAGAUUGGUCAGUGAUGCUGAAAGAUUAUCUUUGUGCUUGGAGAUAUGUCUGUGCAUCUGAAAAUCUUUCAAAUAAUUAUCUUUCAAAUAAUUUUCAAUUAUUCUAUGCUGUGUUUUUAACAGUCAGAUUUAAGGUUUCUUCAACAACAUCAGUUGUUGCUACACUUGGGUCAGAUGUGCUGUUACCUUGUCAUCUGGCUCCUGAGAUGAACGCAGAGAAGAUGGAAAUCCGUUGGCUUAAGCCUAUGUACCGGCCCUAUGUUCAUCUUUAUAUUAAUGGGAAAGACGAUUACACAGCCCAGAUGCCACAGUUUGCUAACAGAACAGAACUGCUAAAGGAGAACAUCACUAGGGGAAUUUUCCCUUUAAAGAUCCGUAACGUCACAGCUCAGGAUUCUGGGGAAUAUUAUUGUUUUGUUGAGUCCAGUGAGCAUCAUGGGAGAACAACAGUACAGCUACAGGUUACUGCUGUGGGAAGUCUCCCUGUAAUUACCUCCAACACAUAUACAAGUAAUGACACUGCCUUUUGUGGGUCCUGUGGCUGGCUUCCAGAACCUUCCCUCAUAUGGACUGAUACCCAGGGGAUCCGAGUCAUCCCAUCUAUGCAAAAUGUGUACAGAAAUGAGAAAAGUUUCUAUUGCAUCUUUAGUAUUAUCUCUCUACCAGAUUCUUCUAAUAUCACUUGCACUGUCUGCAAUUCCAUAAAUCAGAGGAAACAAAGCUGCAGGCAUAUCAGAGUGAUAUCCGGGCAAACCCACAGGGAUCAGUACAGUCGCUACAUUAUAUUCUGGCCUUGUCUGGCUGCUUUGAUUGUUUGUAUUGGGUUGUUGUGCCAUCAAAGCAAGGAACUCGGAAAUAAAAAUGAAGAGAUAAAACGACUCCGGGCGGCACCGGAUAACUGCAAACAGAAUGUGCGCAAGGAAGCCCCAGUGAAUGGAAUAUGUGCUGCAGGAUACACCCCUAAUGGCUGUACCCCAUCUGAUCAUGGGACUCAUGGCAAUGUUCCCUCAGCCCCAGUGAAUGGAAUAUGUGCUGCAGGAUACACCCCUAAUGGCUGUACCCCAUCUGAUCAUGGGACUCAUGGCAAUGUUCCCUCAGCCCCAGUGAAUGGAAUAUGUGCUGCAGGAUACACCCCUAAUGGCUGUACCCCAUCUGAUCAUGGGACUCAUGGCAAUGUUCCCCCAGCCCCAGUGAAUGGAAUAUGUGCUGCAGGAUACACCCCUAAUGGCUGUACCCCAUCUGAUCAUGGGACUCAUGGCAAUGUUCCCCCAGCCCCAGUGAAUGGAAUAUGUGCUGCAGGAUACACCCCUAAUGGCUGUACCCCAUCUGAUCAUGGGACUCAUGGCAAUGUUCCCUCAGCCCCAGUGAAUGGAAUAUGUGCUGCAGGAUACGUCCCUAAUGGCUCUAUCUCAUGUGAUCAUGGGACUCAAGGGAAAGGGAAAAAUUCUGCAGAGCAAAACCAUUGUUUGCUGUUGCAUGGGAAAUGCAUCCGUUUUGAACUUUUCCCCAUUGGGUCCACCUAAGAUUAAAGGGAUUUAUGUGUUAGAGGUUGGCACAAAAUCUUAUUCCCCCUAUUUUUUUUUAAAUAAAAUAUGGACCAGCUUUGGAUGGGGGGGGCACAGCCUGUGCACACUGAGCCAGAGGGGCGUAUCAGACCCCACCAUUGCAGCUCUUGCUCUUUAGUGUCAAGGGGAACUAUCAGUUACCCCCUGAGGUUCCCAGGACCCCACAGGUUGCAGUGGGCCAUUGCCUGGGUAAGCCCAUGAAUUUACCUUAAUCCCUGACCAGUUAAGAGAUGGGAAGUUAACCUACUAGAAA